GUGGAGUCUGGCUUUCUUUCCAGUGUUGGCUGACUUACAGCUCAUGCAAACUAGUGGCAAUUUCUGAGUCUCAGCCUCUCUCUCCCUUUCUGUCUCUGGUUUCUAAGCACACAUGUCAAGCUCUGGCAGGCUCAAGACUGUCUUCUGAAUUCCUGGAUUUUCUCUUUCUGGAAGUUCCCCUUGCGUUGUUAAUGAACCAUGGACAUCAUUGGCUUUCUGAAGUCUCAGUUCAUUUGCCACCUUCUUAUCUGCUACAUAUUUAUAGUGUCGGGACUGAUAAUUAACUUCAUUCAGCUCUUCACACUUGUCCUCUGGCCAAUCAACAAGCAGCUUUUCAGGAAGAUCAAUUGCAGACUGGCUUACUGCAUUUCAAGCCAGAUGGUGAUGUUGCUGGAAUGGUGGUCAGGCACUGAUUGCACCCUCUACACUGACCCAGAGAGUUACCACAAGUACGGGAAAGAGAAUGCCAUCGUAAUCCUUAAUCACAACUAUGAAAUCGACUUUCUCUGUGGUUGGAACUUUUGUGAAAGAUUUGGGGUUUUAGGGAGUUCCAAAGUGCUUGCAAAAAAGGAACUUUCUUACGUGCCUAUCAUUGGUUGGAUGUGGUAUUUCCUAGAGAUAGUCUUCUGCAAGCGUAAAUGGGAGGAAGAUCGGAAAACUGUCAUGCAGAGCUUGCUCAAUCUCCGGGAUUACCCUGAAAAAUUUUGGUUCUUGAUACACUGUGAGGGCACGAGAUUCACAGAGCAGAAGCACCAAAUCAGCAUGCAGGUUGCUGAAGCCAAAGGCCUGCCUAAACUCAAGUAUCAUCUGCUGCCCCGGACAAAGGGAUUUGCUGUCACCGUGCAAAGUUUGAGAAAUGUAGUUUCAGCUGUGUAUGAUUCUACGCUCAAUUUUAGAAAUAAUGAGAAUCCAACUUUGCUGGGAGUUUUAAAUGGGAAGAAAUACCAUGCAGAUUUAUAUGUAAGACGGAUUCCAUUAGAGGAAGUCCCAGAAGACGAACAGGAAUGUUCUAAGUGGCUUCACAAACUCUAUCAAGAAAAGCGAGAAACUUGGCUCCAUAACAGAAUGGUGGCAACCCAGCUUAACCAGGCUAUCCGUGACAUUGUGGAUGCACUGGUAAAGGAUGCCUUUCAAGAAGAAUACUACAGAACAGGAACCUAUCCAGCUACUCCCAUAGUGCCACCUCGGCGGCCAUGGACUCUUUUGAACUGGCUUUUCUGGGCCUUCUUGCUGCUAUAUCCUUUAUUCCAGCUGCUUAUCAACAUGGUCAGCAGUGGAUCAUCACUGACGCUGGCUAGUUUUGCUUUUGUCAUCAUUGUGGAUAAGCUUCCUGAUUCUGGACCACCCGAGUCCAUAAUAUGAUCAUAGAUUUACUGCACUCUGUCAAAGCAGAAAUUUCAGAGCCAGGUUUGUCAUGUCUUUCUGUUAUAACGGGCUCAAGGUAAGAGAGCUGAUAUGAGCAAGCAUCCGGCGAGGGGAAAGAGAUGAGGUAUUUGAGUGCUUCUCUUGCCUGUAAUCCUGAAUUCUGUUUCAGACCUUCCCUCUUUCUCUUCCAGACACUCUGACCAAUCAUAUUAUAGAGUAAUAAAAAUAUUUGCUUGCAAUCUCAGCACUUGGUGUUUUGAAGAAAAGAAUCGUAUAAGAGAAAUGGCUGACUUUAUGGUUAAAUCGGAGCAAUAAUAUUAUAGUAGACUAGAAUACUAUAAUUAUCUUGGUUAGAUGGGAGCAAUAGAGAACUGGACUAUAUUUAACUACAUCAGUUCAGCUUGAACUCUUCAAGCCCCAAGUGUGAUUUAUAAUUCCAUACUGUGAAUGCUGAGCCAUCCCCUCUCACUGUGUUACACAAAAAUAAUAAUGAAAUAAAUGAUCUUGGUAUUCUUUUUAUGGGAGUCCCCGUCCCAAAGAGCAAGCAUCUAAGUGACUUAGAAUCCCAAAAUACCUACAUUGUAUUUUCAAAGGUGACUAGGAGCCUAAGUCCCAUUGACUUUUGGUGAGACUUAAGCUCCUAAAUUACUAAGGCCCUAUUGAAAAUUUUACACUUAAUUCCUAUGGUACUUCUACUUAGUGGAGAUAGAACAAGAAAUGAGGGCUGAUUAAACCAAAUUCUGGUAGCUCUAUUGGAAGAACUCCCAUUGAAGAAGUUCAUGUGGUUAUUGACCCCAGACAGAACACAGGACUGGGUCAUGUUCUGGAUUUCUACACUUGGUAUGGAAGAGAACAGUUCUUGUUAUACCCAAAGUAUACUCUUUUUGUUAGUAAAGAAGCUGUCAACUGUUUUUCAAAGGGGAAUGUUGAUUUCAUAUGCAGGAGAAUAAAGGAUUGGUCUUGGGUUUUAAGGGGGAAAUAGCUCUUAAAUGUCUAAUGCUAAAAACAUAACAUUUGGGCUUUCUGACAUGGCUCCAGACCAUAGAGUAUCUUUUACAGGCAAGAGAAUUAUACAAUUCAAAAUGAGCAUGAGUAAUAAUGAGAUUUCUUUAAAAUCUGCAUGAGCUUGUGUAUGUUUCUAUUAUACGUGUGCGAGUGCUGUCACGGGACUUUCUACCAUUGGCUGCAGUGGAAACAGGAGUGGAUCCCUACUGACAUAACUCCUAACAGCUCCCAAUAUGGACUGUAACAGGGUUUAAAAGGUUAAAAUAAACUGUUCUAUGUGGCAAAACUGGUGUUGUCCCGAGUAUAACUGAGGGCAGAAUGGGCCCCUAGUAUUGUCAGUAAAUUUAAAAACCUUCUAGAGUCUGCAGAAGCAAUUAAUUUGUGACCGAAUGAAAUCUGUGUGUGUAGUUUCACUUUCCGCAUGUGUAGCUGCAUGUUUUGCGCAUGCAACUUAGCCACACAGCUUUGAAAAAGUUGCCCUUCUUCAACUCCCUGAUUUCUGUAUGUGUUCAUCUUUUUUUAUACUAGUCAGGACUAGACCAAGUGGAAAUCUUGAUGAAGCACCUUUGGUUGUUCAAAUGCUGUUGCAUAUAUGUCAGUUAUGUUAGCUAUAUGCCUUACAGAUGUAUUGUAAAAUAAAUAUGGAACUUCCCUAUACCUACAGAGAAUGUACUGACAUGUUGCUUACAGCAACAGUUAUGCUGAGGCAACUCCAGGAAUUAACUCAUAUGGGAGGAAAUUAACAUAUUUUUAAAUCCUGUAUAUUACUAAAUAGGAUCUGUACUGAGACUCUUCUUAGGACUAAAACCAAUUGCAUAGAGCAAAGCUCACAGAAUUGGCUCAGACUGACAAGCUUUUCAAUCCCUGUGAAUAGUUUCACUGGCCAGCACCCUGCCAAUCAGAGAGCAAGUCCCUAAUAGUCCUGUAAAUUGCUCAACUGGUCUGGGGCCCUAGCCAACCAGUCGGAGCCCAGCUCCCUCCUUAACACUGCUCUGGGGCAAUCUUGUCCUGGUUUUCAUCGUGUUUGUGUGUAAUUGGUUUCCUGGGGACCAACCAGCCAUAGGCUUCCCCUCUAUCAUCUUCUGAGAUAACUGAAACUUUCAUGGCAAAUUAGAAAGGCUGGAAUGACACUGUAGCAGUCACAGCCUGGUUACUCCUUCCCCUUCUUUAACGAUCGCAUGUGUUCCUAUCAUUGCAGCUGUUGUUGGGUUUUAUUAUUAUUAUAACCUUAAACCUGGCUGAGUCACAGCAAGGCUGGAAAUACCCAAGUUAGCAAUUUUCUUUUUCACAGGAGCGUAGUAAGUCAAUAAAAAUGUUCUGCAGGAGAACAAUAAAAACACCAUAUCCCACCUCUCCUUGUAACAUAAGAUAUAAGAGAGAGAGAAAAGUUGAUUUCAAGUGUUACCUUUGAAUAGUAUUGCAAAUAUUUGAGUCUAAGGCCAUGCCUUUUAAUUUUAUUGUAACUUAUGCUUGUAGUUUUGAAUUGACUCAAAAACCAGUGUUCUAUUAUAAGCUACAACAGAGUUCAGAGAAUGCCAGAGAGUUUGUACUUGUGGUUGAGAGCUCUGUUAGAGAAUCCUUUUCUGAGAGUGCAGCACAUUGAACUGUGGGCUCUGUUUAAAUUCUGGUUGCUGUGGUUCACAAAAGCAUAUCUUAGAACAUCAGAAUUACAUCUUUUUUUCCCCUGGUUGUCUAGAGCACUCCCACUGUAAGUGGAAAUUUAAGAGAAAUGUGAAGAAUAAUCUUACAAUGUGUGAAGGGUAUUUAAAAAAAAAAGGCACAAAUGUAAUUCUCCCCUCCACCCCGCCCCUCAA